AUGGCGAACCAGGUCAAGCAGAGCAUGGAGAUGACCCAAACGAUGAGCAAGAUGAUGGAGAUGUUUCUCGUCAGCAGUCUCAGCAUAUCUUCCAGGUUGGAGCGUGUUGAUAGCACUGAUAAGCCGAUCCUCGUUCUUAUCACGGAAAACAAGAGCCAAUUCCCCAUUCCAGGACUUUCAGGCUCGUUGCGGAUAGGCAAUGACAGUAACGAAGAGAGAAAAUUCAAGCGCUCAACAGCCUCUCUGACAACCGUCAUCUCAAAGACAUACACAAUGGCCAAGAGAGGAAGGCAGGCAGAGCCGCAGGAGAUGAAACAUUCUAUUUACGAGCAACCUGGAACGACCGGAACAGAGGAACCACAACCAUCGUUGGAUGUUCUCUUGCCAGGGAUGAGGUGCGUUGAGGUCUUUGAGCUAAGCCUGGAGCGAUUUGAUGAGUGGGUGAUCCUUGUGGAGGCGCGAUUCAAGAGUCCCGGCUCGGGCGAAGUGCUGUCCAAGAGACAUGAAUGCUGCGUCUACCUCAUCGACCAGUGUUCAAUCAAAUGGCUGUCUGCAGAUGGACGGGAGGCACCAGCAGAGGAGUUGAGCCAAGAAUCCAAGAUGAUGACAGGUCCACUUCGACAGAUCCUGAAGGUGCCUGUGACAGAGGGUUCUGACAAGGAGAUUCAGGGACGUGUGAGCCAUAUCUCUGAUGACAUGCAGGAGACCAGUCUGUCGCUGUGGUCAGAAGAGAGCGAUGCAGCAAACUCAAUCAUCCUGGAGCGGAUUGCUAUCGAGCUCGGCAUCCUCGGCGAACAUCCUGCCUUCAUCUGA